UAAUAAUAAUAAUAAAUAUUUUGUUUUUCAUGGCCUGUGUUUUGCCAAGUAGAGUAAGUUGGUUAGCUUGCAAAUUAAGAAAUAAAAAAGUAUCUACACAAUCAGGUUAAUAAUCUCUUUCUCCAAUUUCAUAGACUAUUUCUUCUUCUUCUUCUACUACUACUACUACUACAAUGGAGAUUUUCCAAACUACUGAAGGAGACCCAAAACAAGAGUCCACGCAAAAGAAGACGCCGCCAUUGAUUCUGCUAGAUCAAACGACAGAGCCAGAACCAGGGCCUCCCCACGAAGCUCUGUUCCUGGCCUUGGCUUACCUUCCCGUGUUUGAGCUUCUCGCAAUGAGUGAAGUCUGCGUUUCGCUAAGGGAUUCGGUCAAAAGGGACGAUGUUCUCCCGUGGCUAAACGUCGUCGUUCAAAGGCCUCUCGACAGUCGAUUGUCUGAUCAGACUUUGAUGCGAAUCGCUUCCAUGGCCAGAGGUAGGUUGACAACUCUGGCUCUCGUGAACUGCUCUCAGGUUACUGAUCACGGACUUCAGUGUGUGGUAGAGCAGAAUCCUGUCAUCGAAAAGCUCUUCAUACCGGGAUGUACAGGGUUGACGCCUGAGGGAGUCAUAAGAGCUGUAAAGACAUUAUCCCAACACGGCCACACCUUAAAAAACCUAUGGAUAAAUGGCAUUAACGAGAUUGAAAAACACCACCUUGAAACACUUCACUCUUGUCUUCAAAAUAACAUGACAAAGCAGCAAAAACCUUGGCCUUUUCUCCUAUUUCAUGAGUACAGAAACUUCUCAACAAUCAGACACUACAAAUAUCAGCCAAUGAUAGACAUGGAAAUCUGCCCGCGAUGCAAAGAGUUGAGAGCAAUAUUCGACUGCGCAAGUAAAGCCUGCAAGGCAAAGAUGGAGAAGAGCUCGAUGUUGGGUUGCAGAGGCUGCAUCUUUUGCAUCCCGAGAUGCAUAGAGUGCGGUCGAUGUUUCGAGUCUGUAGAGCAAGAAGAAGCUGUUUGUGAAGACUGCUUAUGCCUGGAUUGCUGGCUCCAACUUCCCAAGUGCAAUUUUUGUAACAAACCAUACUGUAGGCAGCAUGCUGAGGAGAAAGGCUGCUGUUCUUUGGAAUCUGCUGGGUUUGUCUGUGAAGCUUGUAAACAAAGUCAAUACAACAGUGACGAUGAAUGAGAAUGAAACUUGUUAUAGUUUCGUACAUCUUUGUAUGAUGAAAAAAGUAGUUGAAUGUAUAAAUGGUGAACCACACGAAUAUAAUGUAGUUUCAUUUCAAGAAGAAAGUGGUACAUUUCAUUUCA